GUGGCUGCGGCCCCGACCCGCCAGACCUCGGGAGUACGCAGCGCGGCUGGUGAGAAACACAGCGCAAUCUGACUUCCACCCGCGGAAGGGGGAGAUGGACUGCACAGCGGGCGGACCUGCGUGGACUAAUGGACAGCAGGUGGAUUGAUGUGCGCAGGGACCGGCAGCAACGCGUACAAAACCAGCCAGCCAGCCAGCCAGAGCCAGGCCAGCACAGUAGACACAGCCCGCUCCCGCCAGGAGGCGGCCGAGCGCCAACUCUACGGUAUUGCGCCUGCGCGUAGAACGCCAACGCGCCCACUCUACGCUUGCGCGGCAGCUUUGGGCCGACUGGAGCUGGAAAAUGGCGGCGUCCGUAGUCUGCCGGGUCGCCGGCACCGGGGCACAAGUACUGCUGCGCACUAGCCGCUGGCCGGUCCCGCUGCGGACGCCAGCCUUGCGAAGUACGGCAACCUUCGCUCAGGCGCUCCAGUUUGUGCCGGAGACGCAGGUUAGCAAACUGGACAACGGCCUGCGUGUGGCCUCGGAGCAGUCCUCCCAGCCCACUUGCACGGUGAGUUGGGGACGCCAUUGGGGAGAGGGCCUCCAGAUUGGGCCUGCCGUCUUUUCCCAGGUUGGGGUGUGACCUUGGGUUCGAGUC